AAUUUUAAAAAGAAAAUAAGAAAAUCCCUAGGCAAGAAAGCUAACCUCAAAAUUUUUCAAUCAUCGAUUUUAGGCACUAGGACGCCGAUUUUUUGUUUAAUUUAUUUUUGAAUACCAGCUAAAACAAAGUAAAAAUGUCGGCAGAUUUUUACAUUCGAUAUUACGUAGGCCACAAAGGUAAAUUUGGCCAUGAGUUUCUUGAAUUCGAAUUUCGACCUGAUGGCAAACUGAGGUACGCCAACAACUCAAACUACAAAAACGAUACCAUGAUCAGAAAGGAAGUCUACGUUCAUCAGUGCGUUAUGGAAGAAUUGAAGAGAAUUAUAGUCGACUCAGAAAUAAUGCAGGAAGAUGAUGCUUUAUGGCCACCAUCAGACAGAAUUGGUCGGCAAGAACUGGAGAUUGUAAUCAAUGAUGAACACAUAUCCUUUGCCACUUCUAAAACUGGUUCUUUAGUGGACGUGAGUCAGUCCAAAGAUCCCGAAGGUUUGAGAUGCUUCUACUACUUAGUCCAGGAUCUAAAGUGUUUGGUGUUCUCUUUAAUUGGUAUGCACUUUAAAAUUAAGCCUAUAUAAUGUGUAGUUGUCAAAGUAUAAAUUAAAUAAAAGAUUUUGUAUUAAAGAAUUAAA